AUGUUUAAAGAAGCAACAACUACUUCUGGGGUAGACCCUUCUGUUGUAUAUUCUAAUACAAAUUCAACUAGCCUGAAUAAUAUUAAUGUAUCAAUGCAAUCUGACAGUACCCGUUUAAAUAGUAAAUCUUUGACUACAGCAACUACUAGUAAUGAAUACAAUCCUGCAAUGCAACAGUUUGUUACAACCUGGCAAGGAUUACGUACAAAGAUACAGAAUGUUACUAAAAGAAAAUUAAGAUCUUGGGAUACUGAUUUCUUUAUGCUGUCAUCUUUUCAAAAAGUAUCUCAACCAAAAGAAAUUGCUGAUAGGAUGGAGAAGAAUAUCCGUUACUUUUUUCUGAAUUAUAUCAUUAUAAUUAUUGGGAUGACAUUAUUGGCAUUAAUUCUUAAUCCUAUAUCUCUAAUAAUAAUAGUCCUUGCAAUAUUUGCAUUAGCUUUUGUAUCAUCACGACCUACAAACACAAUAACAUUGCCAGGUGGAAAUUCUAUUACUAAAAUUAUAGCACUAUAUAUUAUUGGGGGAAUUACAACAUUUGGUAUUAUACUCUUUUCUGGAGCUUUAUUAUUUAGUACACUCGCUAUAUCAAUUAUUAUAGUAUGUAUCCAUGCUGCUAGUCAUAUUGGUAAAAAUAAUUAUGACCAAGUAAAUUUAGAUAGUGAAGUAUAA